AACGUGAAAAUUUGCCGUUGAAGCUGAGUAGCCGACGUCAAAGAAGAUUUGGUAUACAACACUCUACCAGUCUACCCGGACCAAAUUUCCGUAUCUAUUUGCACAGAAUUCUCUCGCCUUCUGCGUUCUAGUUUCUACUCUCUCUGAGGAAAAAAAAAAGGGGGAAAAAUGCAGGCAAGUGAUAGAUUCAAUAUCAACUCCCAGCUGGAACACUUGCAAGCUAGAUAUGUAGGAACUGGGCAUGCUGACUUGACGAGAUUUGAGUGGGCAGUGAAUAUUCAGCGCGAUAGCUUUGCCUCGUAUGUUGGCCACUACCCAAUGUUGGCGUACUUUGCUAUUGCAGAGAAUGAAUCUAUUGGAAGAGAGCGCUACAAUUUCAUGCAGAAAAUGCUUGCUCCUUGUGGUCUUCCACCAGAGAGGGAAGAUGAUUAAGAGUUCCAACAUGUUAUGCUGCUACAGAGGAAACUGAAGUGUGCUAUCAAACUUAUUAUAAAAUUGUUUUGCUAUAUACUUUGGUUGUUAACCUGUGCUAUCAAGUUAUCUUAUGUUGUUAGUAUGCUAUUAGUGAUUUGAAUUUUAAUUGUUUGUGUAGGUAUGGGUAAUAAUAAUAUGCACUGAUGCACAUUAAGCUUCUUCUAUUUUAGUAGCACUAUCUUCAACAUUGAGAGUAGUUGAAAUAUGAGGUUGAAUUUUGAAAUUUGGUGGCAUAUGCAACUGAUUAUGUGUGUCUACUUUUGAAUCCGUAUAUACAAAGAGUCGUGUAUAACAACAAAGAGUCAUGUAUAUACGAUUCAAAUAUGAGAGGAGGUGAUAUUUUA